AUGGUGUGGAUCCAUGGAGGUGGACUUGUGCUGGGCGGGGCCUCUACCUAUGAUGGCCUGGCCCUCUCUGCCCUCGAAAACGUGGUGGUGGUGACCAUUCAGUACCGUCUGGGCAUCUGGGGGUUCUUCAGCACAGGGGACGAACACAGUCCGGGGAACUGGGGUCACUUGGACCAAGUGGCCGCUCUGCGCUGGGUCCAGGACAACAUUGCCAACUUUGGAGGGAACCCAGGCUCUGUGACCAUCUUUGGAGAGUCAGCAGGCGGUGAAAGUGUCUCUGUCCUUGUUUUAUCUCCCCUGGCCAAGACCCUCUUCCAUCGGGCCAUUUCUGAGAGUAGUGUGGUUAUCUUGGGUCCUAUGGUCAAGAAAGACAUCAAACCCCUGGCACAGAAAAUUGCUGUCACUGCUGGAUGUAAAACCACCACGUCGGCUGUCAUGGUUCACUGCCUGCGCCAGAAGACAGAGGAUGAGCUCUUUGAUUUGACACUAAAAAUGAAAUUGUUUACUAUGGAUUUCCUUGGAGACCCCAGGGAGAGUCACCGCUUCAUGGGCACCGUGGUGGACGGAGUGGUGCUGCCGAAAACUCCUGAAGAGAUUCUGACCGAAAAGAACUUCAACACCGUCCCCUACAUGGUUGGAAUCAACAAGCAGGAGUUUGGCUGGAUUCUUCCGACGUUUAUGGGCUAUCCGCUCUCUGAAGGCAAACUGGACCAGAAGACGGCCACCUCACUCUUAUGGCAAGUUCGCUGCUACCUCUUCUGCUGGUCCUAG